GAUGCUGUUAUGCAACUACCGAGACGUCACUGCUGGUGAACUCAACAGUCAAACAGUCGAGAAAGCGGCGACAUUGGCUUUUGCAUCAUCAUGUUCGGAAUGGCAUGAACAGAAAUUGACUUGUAGGCAUUUGAGAGCCAUCCAACUACACGAAUUGACGACUUUUCUAUCUAAUUUCACGAGAACAUCAAGAAAAACAAGUCAACAUGUCUGGCCUGGGUUCCGGCUCUGGAGCGGGAACAACACCUCUCCCCCACCGCUCAGUUGCCAACAUCCGCUCCCCACACACCAGUGGCAACACCAAUCCGUCAACCCCCUCUUCCAGCAGCCGUCCUGUUCCCUCCUCCAGCUUUGGUUCCCCGUCCAGUUUGAGAGCAGAUGAAGAUAUCCUCAUUCUCGAGCUUGGCUCCCGCAAACUGCAAAUAGGGUUCGCCGGGGAUGCCUGUCCGAGGGGCACGGUCUGGUUUACCCCAUCACAGCUCCGCCGGGUGGGAGACUUCCGGGACUGGUCCUCCGAGUCCAAAACCAAUGUGGACUGGAAGACGAAAAAAGUGACGGGCGAGAAGUGGUGGACCAGGGAUCACGAGCUUUGGGAGUAUGAUGUGCGGGAGGUUGAUCUAGGUCUCAUUGGAGACAAGGUAGAGAGGGCGCUCAGAGAAGCUCUUACAAAAUACAUGCUGAUCGAUUCUCGGCCACGGAGAAUGGCGUGCGUGCUGCCCUCUAGCCUUCCUCUUCCCAUGUUAUCGGCAGUACUAGACAGCCUCUUUACACGGUUUCAGCCGCCCACCAUAUCGCUGUUUUCGUCCCCCGUUGCACUGACAGUCGGUGCUGGGGUUCGUUCUGCUCUGAUUGUUGAUCUCGGUUGGAGGGAGACAGUUGUUACCAGUGUUUACGAGUUUCGCGAAGUCAACACCAAGCGUAGUGUUCGUGGGGGGAGAUUGCUUGUGGAACAGACACACAAACUUCUCGCCAGACACCUCCCCGAAAAUCAGAAAAAGAAGGAGGGCACAACCUCCGAAGAUACCCAAGAUUACGACCUGAGUUUUGAGGAAUGCAACGACAUUGCUACUCGUAUGGUUUGGUGCAAGCCACAUUUAUCUUCUCCCAAAGCUCACAAAUCAAAGGAAGGUCUGCCCACCCUCCACGAACAAGAUGAAUCAGACUCUACGGAAGCCGAGUUCCCAACUGAGGCCUCAAAGACGGCCAGAAUUCCACUGCAAUCAUGUCGAUCACCGACCACGAUAGAGCUUCCCUGGGCAGCCCUUGCAGAACCCAGCGAGAAUGCCUUCUUUGACUCCCAGUACUCAGAGAGCAGCUUCGACGAUCAUGAGCUACCUUUGCCUCUGCUUGUCUACCGCAGUCUUCUGCAGCUACCCCUGGAUGUUCGGGCACUUUGCAUGUCUCGUAUCAUUUUCACGGGUGGCUGUGCUAGCGUUUUGGGACUACGUGGCCGUAUUUUUGGCGAAGUUUCCAAGCUGAUAGAGGAGAGAGGAUGGGACGGUGUCCAAGGAAAGGGAGCAGACCAGAUGCGGGCUAAUCCAAAGCUGCAGGGCAAAAGGGGCAGUCGGCCAGCAGUUAGUGGUCCUACUAGUGUCACCAGCCCGCCGGAAGCCGUCGGUGGUCAAGAGCAGGAUGGGGUCUGGCACGAUGCAGCCAAUACUGCCCACGAAGCCUGUCCUGUCGAAGAGCAACUCGCGCGAGGGCAGGAUAAGAGACCAAGGGUGCAGGGGAAGAUGAGGGCCAUUGAGUCUGUCGGGGCGUGGAGCGGAGCAAGCCUGAUAGCGCACCUUAAGGCGGCGCCUAUCGCUACUAUUGAACGCGAGGCUUGGUUGCAGUAUGGUGCCGCAGGAGCGAGCAAGCCCAGCGAGGUUGAUCAGAAGUCAGCCAGACAGAGCUUUGGGCCAGGCGGCCUUAUCAGGGGGUCUGCUGCUAAUAACUCCUGGACAUUGGGGGUUUGGGGUGUGAAUUAGGUGAUGGCCAUCACCAUCUCGUCUUACACCCUCAAACACCCCUUGCCAUUCUUGUGUCUUUAUUUCUGGUUUAUCCCAGGGGGAUAACCGCUGUCACAGUACUUAUUUUAGAUAGAUAUUACCCCGCAAGUGCGGUGCAGUGCAGAACAAAUAGUAUUCAAAAUUCUUUCUUCUCUUUCUCAGUUGUCUUUAUCCCUCCUUCCACCUAGAUUCUUCUAGGCAGCGGUUGCAGAGGAAGCCGACCGGACUGUCGGGACCGCGUGGCA